AUGGACUCCCUCGUUCUUCGGCCCUUGAGCUCGAUCGAGACGCACCUCACCGCCCUCAUCACGUCCUUCACUCAGACCAACACCUUCGCCAAUGCCCCGCAACUCGCCCGAGACCUCCUCGCCGACGACGACGAACUCGGGUCGGCCCUCUCGCUGCUCCAACGCCACCAGCAGAACUAUGCCCACAUCCUCAACCUCCGCGCCGAGGUCGCGACGUUACAAGAGCAACUCAAGGACACCAUCCGCAAAUGCGUGUCCUUCAGACAGGAGAUCGGCCAGAUCAACCCGUCCAUUCUCGAUUCGGGUUCGGACGACGACGAAGAAGAGGAGGAUGCAGAUAACUCACACGUGGCGAAAGUCGAUUACCACACCCUCCUCACGUUCGCGGCACGGAUAGGCAAACAUAAUACCAUUGCGGCACGGGAGGCCGAAGCGGAAUCGCUCCGGAGGAAGAUGGCCACGAAAAACAAGGAGCAGACAUCACCGUCGGCAGCAGCCUUGAAUGGUGUGGCUCACCCGGCCACGGACGAGGGCGGCGCAGCUGAAGAGUUCACCGAGGCUACAGAUGAAAAUCGGACCGCCGAAACAACCGCGGAGCUGACGCGCAUCGACAACAGCAUUGCCCUCCAACGCGCACAGAUGGGCAUGUCCUUUCCCGACGCGGCUCUUUUGCGCGUCGGUGCGCUGGGACAGCUCCAGCUAUUCGUGGAGCGGCAGCGGCAGCAAUCGGGGGUGGACGCGGGUGUGGGGGAAGACGAGUCCAAGGCCGUCCAGGAGGCAUUGGAGAGGGAAGUGGAGCGGCUGGUCAGGGAGACCGAGGACAUUGCGGAAGACACGGGCACGGACGCGGAAAUGGCAGAAGGAGAAGACACCACUACUGCCGCUGGGGGGUGGCCGGCGAGUCCAGAGUUGAAGAGAAGCUCGACGUUUGAGGGGGAGAAGAGUCAAGAUGCCACUGCGAGUGCAGCAGCCCAGCCUUUGACGACGGCGGCAGCGGCGACGACGACAAGUCAAGGGGCAACGCAAGCCCUGAAACCUCCCAACAAGCCGCCUCAGCAGCCGAAGAGGAAGCUCGACUUGGAUUUCCCUGAUAGUGACGAGGAAGACGAAGAUUGA